AUGAAAAUGACGACGUUGUGCAAUAUAGCUAUAUUAACAAUUUUACUUAGCAAAGUGGUGCAUAUUGUUUUGAUCAAAUUUGCAAGUAGAAAGGAAAGUGGGAAAUUUUCGGCUUCCACAUUUUGGACAUUUUUUAAAAAUAGUGAAGAUGGAUAUAAAAGAAAAAUCCUUACCGAACAAGAGGAUUAUAAGGAUGAUUUUUUAAUGGAUUUUAUAAUAGAUAACAAUGUGACUAUUUCAGACAGUUUUCUGUCAUUAGUAGAUACAAGAAUUCUCGAUAAUAUAGAUGUGAGACCAGAGGAUAUAACUGAAUCUCUAUCUAUGGAUGAAGACACGGAGAAAGAACAAAAAAGGAUGUAUAGGGAAUGUUGCAAACUUUUAGGGAAAGCAUGCAAUGACCACAAAAUAGCGAGCAAAAAUUCGUUGACAAAAGAAAAGACAGAAGCUGCUACUGUAGAAAAAGGUAAAAAAGAAGUAGAAGAAACACCCAAAAAGACAAGAAGAAGGACAAUCCAAAGUACAACACCUUCCAGAUAUUCUAAAAGAAUACGUCGUAGGUAUUUUGGGAAAAGGCUAAGUGAGUCAGAAGAACAUGAUGAGAACACAGAAGAAGAACAAGAAGACGAAGAAGUUCUUGUUCCGAAAGUACCAGAGCGUACAUACGGAAAUAUAUUCUUAACUAAUUUUGAGAAAGAAAUGGCAAAGAAGCAAUGUAUUCAACUUUUGGGAAUACAUUCAUAUAGGAACAAAACGUAUAUUAAACCAGACAUUAGUAAACAUCCAGAUCCUGGUAUUAGUAACAUACCCUCCGAUAAUGAACAAUUGGGUAAGAACAAACCAUCAAUAGAGUCUAAUGUUGAAUGUGGAAAAGACGCAUUUUUAUUGCAGUAUGAUGAUAUUAUAUGUGAGGUAAGAUCUGAAGGAAGUGUGGACGAUAAGGAUUCUGAAGAAAACAAUAAUGAGGAGGAUUCUGAAGAAAAUACAGAUAAUGAAGAUUCAGAUAAUUCGGAAAAUUCAGUUUCCUCUCAUGAAUUAUGGAGCGAAUAUGGACAUGAACUCGACAUAGGUUCAGACACAGAAACAUCUUCCGAAACAUUGGAACAGGAAAUCGAAAGUUUAAAAUAUCAUUAA